AUGGACGCCGCCCGUGGGAGCGUUGGCAAUCGCCGGAUCAGCAGCGUGCAGACGCGAGAGCGCCUGCGGCGAAAGAGCUCAGCGACCGCCCGCAACAAGCGCCCCAUCACUGCCCAAGAUGCCUACCUCCAUGCCCUCCGCGUAGCCUACCUCGCAUACCUCCUUCAGCCGCGCCAGAAACGGGUCCAACAUGUACCGGCCGCACCCAAGCCCGUCCAGCGCUCCUCGACCUCUGUCAACGACCUCAUGAAGGACUUCUCCCUCAUUCGAGAUAGCAAGAGCACGCGCUUUCCCCAUGCCUUCAUGGGCGAGCUGGACAAGCGGAUAACAAAAGUGCUCAUGGGGACGGAGAGAAUGCCCGAGUUCAAGGAUGCCACCGUCAAGAGGACGUUUGCUGUCUUCCUGAAUGCCUUCAAGGAUCCCACCUUCAGGAAGAGCAUGGACAAGGACCGAAGGGUCGAGGACCUCCUCUUGAUCUUCUACUCAAAUGCUACAAAAGAGCUCCAGAAGGGAAAAGUGCUGGGCGACGAUAGCUGGAAGCUCAUGGUCGACCGACAUGUAGCCCUCUUCCUCCGCUUAGUCAGCUCCAUUCUCAAGGACCAUGACUGGGCAAAGGACAGGCCAGAGCUCACUCUGCGACUGGCUACCAUGGAGAAGAAGCUGUUGGUGCAUGAUCAGGACCUGACGGUGGACAACCAGCGCAACGGCGGACAAGGUGGCACAACAAUCGAAGUCGAAAUCCCACGUAGCUACGAGGUCAAGGACAUGGCGCUUGUCUUGGUCGUGUCGCGCAUCUUUGCGGUUGGAUACUCCGAUGUUCAGGCAGAUAUCAAUCGAUACAAGUCGGUAUGGACAGAACAGGCCGCGCUGCAGGAUCUCAAAACCUAUCAGGCCCACCUCAGCCUCAUGACAAAUAAAACAUUGAACAGCGAUGACUUCGAUCUAGAAGAGGCCUACGAGGCUUGGAAGAAUCAGGAGGUGCCCGAUCUAUCACAGAUGAUCUUGGCCAUUCUCCAGUCGAAUCCAGAGCUAGCGAAAAGCUCACCGGGCGGCUCGGUACCGCAAUUCAAACCAAAUGUAACACUAGAUCCUGGAUACGCAGAUUCUUCCAAACAGGGGUCACAAUUAUCCGAGAACGGCUCCUCGUAUAUCAUCGACCAACCCGUAGACAUGACUGGACUCAACAUUCGUGACGAUCCAGAUAACGGCACAUCGUAUACCUUCAUACCUUCAGAUCCCCGCGCUUAUUAUCGCGCUAUACUGAAGGAGGCGCUGACGUACGAUCUGGCAGACGCCGAACUACAGCCGAGCGAAGCAACAAACGAAACGCCGUCUGUCAAGCUACUAUCCAAGCAAUCUGCGGAGCUUCUGAAUGAGAUUGCCGUACGAUGGAGGCUACCCCAGUUCUCGCGCCUUAUCUUAUUUCUAGACGUUAUCCGAGAGAAGUACAUCAACCAGGAAAUCAGUCUAGACACGCUGGAUGCAGCCUUCAACUACGUAAAAGAACCGCCACCACCACCAGACAAGAAGUCAAACAGAAUGAGCCAUAUUCCCGUUCAGGCGUCCGUAUUCGAUCGAUCAAAGUGGACCGUUCAUGACUAUGCUCUCAAUCAACAUAUAUUGCUAGCACUGCACGAUGCGUUGUUACGCGAACUCUUCGAGCUCAUGAUGUACGUUUACGAUACCAAGCCCCCUGCACUUGGACCUGUCAUGUACAUUCUGGAAAGCCACAUAUAUGAUGACCCCACGUUCCCUGGUACAGAGGAGGAUAUGGAUCAGUUCACCGAGCAAUUGCGGCAAGCCCUGAAGCAGAAAGCGGGUGAUGUGUAUCGCGAGUUGCUGGCGAAGCAUAUCCCCGACACCAAAGAGGAGUGGCAGUUUUAUCAUGUCAUUGAACUUGGACGAGCGGUAGUCAAGCUUUGCGAAAGGAUCCAGAAGCGAUACCGCAAGAAUCCAGAGGUCAUGGGCGUCAGCCCCAUGAUGUGUCUCGUCGAAGAGAUGUUUCCAGCCUAUGCUGCAGACGCACGAGACCUAGUUGCUCGCAUCAUGGAAGUAGCUCACCAUAAGAAUGAGCAUGUGCCAGUUCAGGAUGGUUUCGAUCUAUAUAAAGAGCUUGUUGAGAUUCGUCGGAUACAUAGCGACGCUUUGCCAAGGAAGAAGUUUGCAUUCAACAUUGAAGGGCUGCUGCAAGACUUCGUAUGGAGAUGGAUCGAGAUGACGGACGCCAAUCUAAUCGGCUGGGUAGAUAACGCCUUCAAAGCAGACCAAUUCCAGAUCGAAUCGAUGAACGCAGUCGCUUCUGACGACGAACGACAUAGUGUCUCCGUCGUCGAUAUCUUCCGAUCAUUCAACCAGAGUAUCGAGCAGAUCGUGGCGCUCAAUUGGGACGAUGAUGUUCAAUACGCCAAGUUUAUGACGGCAGUGUCCAAGUCCAUUGGAAUUGCUCUUGCGCGGUAUUGUGAACUCGUGGAGCAGAGGUUCAGUAAGGAAAUGGACCGCUUGACGCCCGAGCAAGAGGCCGCCGCCCACCAAACCAAACAAGAAAAAUGGAUUUCGAUGGCUAAAGACUUCUACAACCAGAAAGAGAAGAUUGAGCCAUUUCAGUUCUAUCCUGAGUCACUUGUCAAGCUCAACAACAUUGAAUACGCAAUGCUCCAGCUGGACAGGCUCGAGCGCGAAAUCGGCGUUGAUGCCUGCGCAGAGGUUAUUCAGAAGCAUGUCUCACCACCAACGCAACGUAUCCGAAACAACAACUUCGUGUUUACGAUCAAGAUCAUCGAAGCCGAAGACCUCAAAGCCUGCGAUAUGAACGGCCUUAGCGAUCCUUAUGUCGUCCUUGGUGACGAGUACCAGAAGCGUCUCGCGAAGACUCGAGUCAUCUAUGGCAAUCUGAAUCCUCGAUGGGAUGAGACGAUCGACAUCACAACGACCGGGCCUUUGAAUAUUGUUGCUACGAUCUGGGAUUGGGACACACUUGGCGACCAUGAUUGUGUUGGCCGAACAUCGCUCAAGCUUGAUCCGUCACACUUUAGAGACUAUAUGCCUCGUGAAUACUGGCUCGAUCUUGACACACAAGGCCGCCUAUUGUUACGUGUGAGUAUGGAAGGCGAACGAGAUGAUAUUCAAUUUUACUUUGGCAAGUCGUUCAGAACACUUAAGAGGACUGAACGUGACAUGACACGGAAGAUCACGGAUAAGCUCUCGUCAUUCAUCAAUCAUACACUCUCUCGUCGGACACUCAAGGCUUUACUCAGUCGUGGCACCGUGGUUGCCUCUGCAAUGAACUACUUCCGAGCCGCCCGGCCCCAGUCUGUUGCCCAGGGUCCUACACCGCAAGACGUCACACAAGCGCUCGGUCCUCUCUUUACUUACUUCGACGAGAAUUUUGCCAUCAUGAAACAGACUUUGACAGAUGCAGCUAUGAUCAUGGUUAUGACUCGAUUGUGGAAAGAGGCGUUAGCAACGAUAGAGUCGCUGCUCGUACCCCCACUUUCUGACAAGCUCUCGCAACAACGCCCGUUAACGCAGCGUGAACUGGAUAUCGUCUUCAAAUGGCUCAAGAUGCUGUUCGACUUCUUCCACGCGGCAGACGAAGAUGGCAAUGUCGACGGUGUGCCCAUGGACGUGCUUAAAUCGCCGAAAUACCACGAGCUUCAGAACCUGAACUUCUUCUAUUUUGAGGCCACCGAGGACCUGAUACGUACCUCAGAGUCGAUGGCUGCAGCCAGCGCACGGAGGCAACAAGAACAAACUUCACGACUCAACAGGUUCUCUGCACCACCCGCCCUGGGCCAUCAGUUUGGCGGUGCGGCGGGGCUAGUCGGCAUGCCUACACGCAAGCAUAAGACUAUCAUGCUAUCAAGGAACUUGGGGACGAUGAAAAAGGCAAAGGAGGAAAAGCGGAAGGAGGCACAGGCUGAGCCCAAUGAUGAUAUGAUACUCAGGAUCUUGAGAAUGAGGCCGGAAGCAGAGCGGUACCUAAAGGAUCGGAGUAGGCAGAAGGAGCGACUCGCUGCUGCGCAGGCCGCAGAAAUGAUUGUCCGCCAAAGUCUGAACGCAGGCGGUGGCCGAAUGACGGGCGGUAUAGGUGGUAUAAGACGGUAG